UGGGUUUCGGCAGUGCUGAGUGGUGCGGCCGUCCCCACAGCCCGCUCAGCAGGCUAUAAAAGCUGCUGGGGUGGGACACGGGCUGUCACCUGCUAUCACCCUCUCGAGUGGGCUCGCCAUGGCUGCUGCCUUCCUCUUGGUGCUGGUGGUGGUGGGAGCAGCACAGGCCACCAACCCUGAUCCCUGCCAGGGUGGCCCCAUGUCCUGGUGCCAGGACAUGGCCACCGCCACCCAGUGCGGCCAGGAGCAGUACUGCCACGACCUCUGGGACAGCCUGGCCAUGGGGGACACGGCCAAAGAGGAUGUGGCUGAAGGGGACGUGUUGGCGCCAGGCAGAGGGAAGAAGUGCAGCCUGUGCACCAAAAUCCUGAAGCAGAUCAAGGCGAUGGCAGGCGAUGACCCUGACGAGGCGACAGUGGAGGCGGCGCUGGGCAAAGCCUGCCAGGCGCUGGGCAAGAAGCUGGGCCGGGUCUGUAAGCGGCUGGUGAAGAAGUACCAGACGGAGAUCAGCGAGGCGCUGCAGAACGGAGAUGACCCCCAGGACACCUGCGCCGCCAUCGGCUUCUGCAAGGCCUGAGCCCAGGCUCAGCACCGACUGCCACCUCCUGAAACCCCAACCCUCUCCCAGCCCCACUUGCCACCCUGAACCCUGGAUCCCCCUCCCUGUGCAAUAAAGCAUCUUGUGCCAGACCUCUAA